CAUCGGAAGUCUUACGAGUUUCGGCAGUCCGUGUACGGAAUCUCAGCUCUCCAGUACCACCCAAAUAAUUCUCAGAAUUGGAAGGACAUCUUACCUCUCUGGAUAGAAAGCUACAAGUCAUUGUCACGCAUGGCCCCGCCGCACUUUCACCUGGACAGGCGCGACUUCCACCGUGCUGGAUAUCCAUACCUCGCAGAGGAAAUCUACCAUAUUCAACCUCGUCUAAGUGUAUUCGGCCAUAUUCAUGCCUUACAUGGGCGCGAAGAUGUGCGGCUAGAUAGCGUACAGAUGGCGUAUGAAAAGUGAUGGCGGGAUGGGGCUCUGUCGUAUGGAUGACUAUCAUGAUAGCACUCACAAGAGUGAAGCAUAUUUUCACGGGGAAUAGUGAGAACAAGACAACAACUUUUAUUAAUGCUGCGAUGGUUAG